AUGUCAUCUCACGCUCCGAGCGAAGGUGAAAAUGUGGGCCACCGUUAUCUCACUGGCUUCACCCUGCACCUUCGACCCAGGGACGCUGCGCAGCCCGAAGGUAAGGACCACUUGGCCCAGUCCAUUGAAAGCGAUGAUACCACUGCUUGGAUUAGCGACUCGGAAGAUUUAACCACUGGCAGUGACUUCGACACUCUCAAGCCCCUUCGAACCUCCCGUGAAUUGAGCCCCGAAAACGAAGAGGCCGCAAUUUACAUUGCGACUUAUGAGGACUGGCUCAAUACUUUGAGUUGUGACGACCCUGCAAUCAAAUCGGACCGCCGCCUCCCUUUUCCUUCCCCUCCUGUCGAUGACAGCAAAUCUGAUCUGGAUGACGGCCAAGGCGACCUGAGCGACUCCCAAGGCGACUCGGAUGAUUCGCAAAGCGACCCGGAUGGCUCCAAACGUGAUCCGGAUUAUGCCAUGAGUGAGAAUGAAUCCGAGGGAGCUGAGCCGGAGGGCCGCCUGUACUCGGGUGAUCUUGAGCUGGUUAAGAAAUGCAACGAAUUCAUGGAAGGCUGUGACAUCAGGGAAAUCUCCAAGCAUGACCCCAAGAAAAUCUUCAAGGAUGACCCCAAGGAUGACCUCAAGAAAGAGACUACCGAGACCAAAGACACCGAAGAGAUUGGAGACCUUUGUCAAGUAUUUGUUGCUUACCAUUUUAACCGGCAGAUGAUGUUUGUCUCAGGUGAAACUGCCGAACCAUCUAUUGAAACAACUUCCUUAAUUGAAGACAUCACUCGACAACAAGUCAUCGAAAUUCUCACGCGCAGCACCGCCUUGGCCACUCGCCGAGGCUCGAAAACUAUCUCGACAGAUGAUUUGAUUUUCCUCAUUCGGCACGACAAGGCAAAGGUCUCCCGCCUUCAAACAUUCUUGUCCUGGAAAGAUGUUCGAAAGAACGUCAAGGACUCUGACGACAAGGGAGGGGCUGAUACCGCCGAGUUUGCAGCCGACGAUGCGGCCGGUGUCGUUGCCGGCCCGAGUGAUGUGGCCUCUAAGCCCAAGAACAAGCGCGCCAAGAUCGGCCUUGCUUGGGAUGUGAACAGCUUCUUUUCAGUGCAGGUGCCCGAGCGUGAGGAUGAGGAAGACGAAGAGGAGGAAGAACAAAACUAUGCUACUCUUCAGCGUCUGGCCGCUGCCGAUGAGCGCACCAGGCACAUGACUAAGGAGGAGUACGUCUUCUGGUCCGAGUGUCGUCAGGCCUCAUUCACCUACCGAAAGAGCAAGCGUUUUCGCGAAUGGGCCGGCUUCGGCAUCGUGACCGAGUCCAAACCAAAUGACGACAUUGUCGAUAUUCUGGGUUUCUUGACCUUUGAGAUUGUCCAGACCUUGACUGAGGAGGCUUUGAAGGUCAAACUACGCGAAGACCACGAACGCAACCGUGGCGGCGGCGACAACGCUGGUGACAAUUCCAAGAAGCGCAAGCGCGAGACCGGCCUUUUCGAUCCCCCGGAGGAGGGCCGCACGCCUAUCGAGCCACGUCACAUUCGCGAAGCCUAUCGCAAAUUGCAGGCCAUCCCUCAGAAGUCGAUCGCUAUGCUUCUUCACAAUGGGCGCAUCCCUGCUCGUCUACCCCUUCGAUUGAUUUAA